AUGGGAACUAAAGACCGCAGUCUGGCAUUACUAACUUCCAUGAACUUCUUUAUUGUUGGAAUCAAACUACCAAUGGUUAUUCUUCUAGCCUGCAAUGCUCAUGGGAUUUAUUGUGCUCCAUUAUAUGAUACCCUUGACUUUGUAUUAUAUAUAUUGAAAUUGGCAUUUGUUGAUGCAGCAAUUGUCAGCUUCCGAAGUAACUUCUCUAUGAAUUUGUUAUUGCAACGAUUGUUCCCAUACCUCUUCUCUUUGAAGGUUGCGACAGCAGCUGAGGCUUUAUCCUACGAUUAUUCAGCAACCAUUGAGUGUUUGGAAGAACCUCUAAAACCUCAGUACGGCGGAGGGAUUCUCAUAAACCCAGAAUUUAACCAUGGUCUGAAUGGAUGGUCUAGAUUUGGGUUCGCCAAGAUCGAAGAGAGGGUAUCAAAGGGGGGCAACAAGUUCAUCGUGGCCCACUCCAGAAACCAAUCGUAUGACAGCUUCUCCCAGAAGCUUUACUUGCACAAACACAAGCUCUACACUCUCUCGGCUUGGGUUCAGAUCAGCAAAGGAAAUGCACCGGUGACAGCCGUUUUUAGAACGUCCAGCGGUUUUAAGCAUGCUGGUGCUGUUGCCGCUAAGGCUAGCUGCUGGUCCAUGCUUAAAGGAGGUCCUACCGUCGAUGUCUCCGGUCCAUCUGAACUGUAUUUUGAGACCAACAAUACAGCAGUGGAGAUAUGGGUGGACAGCGUCUCAUUGCAACCAUUCACCCAAGAGGAAUGGACGGCUCAUCAAGAUGAGGCCAUUGAAAAGGUACGUAAGAGAAAGGUCCGAUUCCAUGCUGUAGACGCAGACGGAAACAGCCUAUCAGGUGCAAUCCUCUCCAUCAAUCAAAAGCUUACCGGCGGAUUCCCAUUCGGGUCAGCAAUCGCCAACACCAUCCUCAACAACGCAGCCUACCAGAACUGGUUCACCACCCGAUUCGGAGUCACCGUCUUCGAGAAUGAAAUGAAAUGGUACAGUACUGAGAGAUUCCAAGGCAAGGAAGAUUAUACGACGGCCGACGCUAUGGUCGCACUCGUCAAGAAGCACGGCAUCACAAUCAGAGGCCAUAACAUAUUCUGGGAUGAUCCUAAGGACCAGCCGUCGUGGGUCCCAUCGCUAUCGCCCGAUCAGCUGCGGGCCGCGGCUGAGAAGAGAAUCACAUCCGUUGUUACGAGGUAUGCUGGACAGGUUAUCGGUUGGGAUGUGAACAAUGAGAAUUUGCAUUUCAGCUUCUUUGAAGAUAAGCUUGGGAAGGUUGCAACGGCUCAAUUCUUCCAACGGGCACAUCAGCUGGAUGGGAGGAAUACUAUUUUUAUGAAUGAAUAUAAUACGAUUGAGUAUAGCGGUGAUGCGAAGGCGUCGCCGUCUAAUUACGUACAGAAGGUGAAGGAGAUCAUGUCUUUCCCAGGGAAUCAAGGGUCCACAGGAAUUGGAUUGGAGGGUCAUUUUGGUACUCCUAAUAUUGCUUACAUGAGAUCUGCUAUUGAUACUCUUGCUGCUACAAAUUUGCCCAUAUGGCUUACCGAGGUGGAUGUUGGACAAGGCCCUAAUCAGGCACAAUUCCUGGACCAGAUCCUGAGAGAGGCCCACGCUCAUCCAGCCGUUAAAGGGAUCAUCGUGUGGGCAGCAUGGCGUCCUCAGGGGUGUUACCGGAUGUGCUUAACAGAUAACAACUUCAAGAACCUACCGACCGGAGACGUGGUGGACAAGCUGAUCAGUGAAUGGAAAGCCAACAAGUUGGUGGGGACCACCGAUAAUGACGGAUUCUUUGAGGUCCCACUGUUUCAUGGGGAAUAUGAUGAGAUGAUCACACAUCCGAAGACGAAUUUCUCCAUGACAAAGGCCAUGGAGGUUGUCCCACAUAAUCUAGAAGAGGAGAUACUCCAUGUUAAGCUGUAUGCAUGA